AUGCGAAUCAAAUUGCCGGAAAAAGAUUCUGCUGGCAUCGUAACUGCUUUCUACUUGACUUCAAAGGGAAACGUCCAAGAUGAAGUUGACUUUGAGUUCUUGGGGAACAGAGAAGGGAAACCAAUAACAUUACAGACAAAUGUGUUCACGAAAGGUCAAGGAAAUAGAGAACAAAGAUUUGUUCUUUGGUUUGAUCCCACAGAAGAUUUCCACGCUUAUGGAGUUCUUUGGAACCCAUACCAUAUUGUGUUUUAUGUGGACAAUAUUCCAAUAAGAGUGUUCAAAAACAACACGAAAGGCACCAACUACCCAACAAAACCCAUGCAAGUGGUGAGCAGUUUGUGGAACGGCGAGGAAUGGGCAACAGAUGGUGGAAAGGCCAAGAUCAAUUGGGCCUAUGCUCCUUUUAAAGCCCAUUUUCAAGGCUUUUCUGAAUCAGGGUGCCACGUCGAUGGUCUCAAUGCUUGUGGAUCGUCAACUUAUUGGUGGAACACUGGAAAGUAUGUCGGAUUAAGCGUUUCGGAGCAAAAGGCUUACGAAAAUGCAAGAGCCAAGUACAUGAAUUACGACUAUUGUUCUGAUCGCACUAGAUUUUCUGUUCUUCCUGAUGAAUGCCAAUGGAAUCAGUGA